AUGACUCGCCACAAUGAGAACGAAAUCGAUGAACUGCUGGACACCAUCAAACUAUGGGACAAAAGGAAGUCUUACCCCACGCAGAUAUCUGGUGGACAGAAGAGGAAGCUGUCGUUAGCUUGUGCUUUUAUUGGGGGUACUAAGGUCAUAUUUUUGGACGAGCCAUCGACCGGCCUUGACCCCGCCGCCAGACAGGAAAUGUGGGCUUUCCUAAAGAAAAUGAGAGAAGGUCGAACCAUCCUUUUAACGACCCAUUACAUGGACGAGGCAGAUGUACUGGGCGACAGAAUCGCCAUCAUGGCGGAGGGGAGAGUUAAAUGCUGCGGCACACCCAUGUUUUUAAAGAGAGUUUAUGGCACCGGCUACGGGCUUCGAGUUGUCAAGGACAAGAAUUGUCAAACAGAGCUAGUCACAGCUGAGGUUUUAAAACACAUCCCUGAAGCUAGAUACGUUGUGAGUUUUAUGAUUUACAUUUAG